CUAAUAUUUAUUAUUGCGGAAGCAAGAAGGCAGAGAUAUGCUUUGCACCUUCAUUCUAUGUGUGAUUUUGAAGUUGCAGCUUGGUUUUCAAUAGUUAGGCUGUCACAAGUUAAAAUGUUACUAAGUUUUAUUCGUUAAUACAAACGAUAGAUGGCAGUAGAUGGUAACGAACAGGUAUGCAACUCCGCUAAAGUGUUGCAGGAAGUAGCGCAUGACUACUGGCUAGGUACAAUGGCGCCUCUAGAUUUGGAUAAAUAUGCAGAGAUUGCAAAGCAGUGUAAAUACCUCCCAGAAAAUGACCUUAAGAGGUUAUGUGACUAUGUGUGUGACCUUCUACUGGAGGAGUCCAACGUUCAGCCUGUUUCUACUCCUGUGACAGUAUGUGGUGACAUACAUGGACAGUUUUAUGAUCUUUGUGAACUCUUCCGAACUGGCGGCCAGGUUCCAGACACAAAUUACAUAUUUAUGGGUGACUUCGUUGACCGAGGAUAUUACAGUUUGGAGACAUUCACCUACCUGCUGGUGCUGAAAGCCAAAUGGCCCGACCGCAUCACGCUUCUACGUGGAAACCACGAGAGCAGACAGAUCACCCAAGUUUAUGGCUUUUAUGACGAGUGCCAGACCAAGUAUGGGAAUGCAAAUGCCUGGCGAUAUUGCACCAAAGUGUUCGAUAUGUUAACGAUUGCAGCUCUGAUGGACGAGCAGAUCCUGUGUGUCCACGGAGGUCUCUCCCCAGACAUAAAAACUCUAGAUCAAAUUCGAACCAUUGAGCGGAACCAGGAGAUCCCCCACAAAGGAGCAUUUUGCGAUCUGGUGUGGUCAGACCCAGAGGACGUGGACACCUGGGCCAUCAGCCCCAGAGGAGCUGGCUGGCUCUUUGGUGCAAAGGUCACAAAUGAGUUUGUUCAUAUCAACAACCUGAAGCUGAUCUGCAGGGCGCAUCAACUUGUCCACGAAGGCUACAAAUUCAUGUUUGACGAGAAGCUGGUCACAGUGUGGUCAGCUCCUAACUACUGCUAUCGCUGCGGAAACAUCGCUUCCAUUAUGGUCUUCAAAGACGCUAACACAAGAGAGCCAAAGCUCUUCAGAGCAGUGCCUGACUCUGAAAGGGUCAUUCCACCUAGAACAACAACACCUUAUUUCCUGUAAGCACAUUAAAACUAAAACAGUGCAGCCAUUUGUUCAGUGCAGAGAUACCAACUUGGACAGUGGCAUCAGCACUUGUGAACCCAUAUGAAUUUUGUAUAGUACAUUUAGAGUAUUUACAGUGCAUUUCUUGGUGCCAACUGUCAAUUGUUAUUCCCACUCGGGCAUUUAAUGCCAUUAUUCUGCCGCUUAAAUCACCCUGAGAUAUUACAGCAAUAGUACAUUGGCUGGUUUUAGAGAAAGGAUUCAAAUGCCACAGAAGUCAACUGACCUUUGUAAAAUGUUCAUAUUUAUAAAUCUCUGUUUUACUUUACAAUAAAAAUUCACUCAGCUGAGCAAAUUGCAGGCGCAGUGUUAUAUACAAUGUCUCAUUUUAUUUUGAUAACGUAACAUAUUAAAGCUGGGUGUAAGAUAGUACGCAAAAGCAAAGAUUCCAUCUAUUCUGACAAAUUUCAAUGGAAUUAUACACUUAGUGUUAUUAUGUGAUCUUAUAAAUAUACAUGUAAACCUAAAAGUUGCUGUGUAAAAAUUUACUCUGUUAGAAAUUUCAGUAUUGUUAAGCCUGUGGUACCUUUAAAAGAUUCUCUGUAAUUUCCAGAUUUGGAAUCUGCUCUUGUAAUUAUUCUUUUUCUGUGUGUCACCAUACUGUUUUUAAAUAAAGAAAUCCAAAAAUUGUAA